AUGACCAAUUCCCUCUGGGACACCAGGGCUAUUUCCUACUUGGGAUGUGCUGCACAGGUCUUUCUGUUUGUAUUUUUGAUGUCAACAGAGUGUUUUCUUCUCACUGUCAUGGCCUACGACCGCUACGUUGCCAUCUGCAAACCCCUGCACUACGGGACCCUCCUGGGCAGCAGAGCUUGUGUCCACCUGGCAGCAGCUGCCUGGGGCAGUGGGUUUCUCCAUGCUGUGCUGCACACAGCCAAUACAUUUUCACUACCCCUCUGCCAAGGCAAUGCUGUGGACCAGUUCUUCUGUGAAAUCCCCCAGAUCCUCAAGCUCUCCUGCUCAGAUGCCUACCUCAGGGAAUUUGGGGUACUUGUGGUUAGUGCCUGUUUUACAUUUGGGUGUUUUGUUUUCAUUGUGCUGUCCUACGGGCAGAUCUUCAGGGCUGUGCUGAGGAUCCCCUCUGAGCAGGGACGGCACAAAGCCUUUUCCACGUGCCUCCCUCACCUGGCUGUGGUCUCCUUGUUUGUAAGCACUGGCAUGAUUGCGUACCUGAAGCCCCCCUCCAUCUCGUCCCCAUCCCUGGACCUGGUGGUGGCAGUUCUGUACUCAGUGAUGCCCCCCAUUGUGAACCCUCUCAUCUAUAGCAUGAGGAACAGGGAGCUCAAAAAUGCCCUGAGGAAAGUGAUUUCACGGACAUUUUUCAAUACCAGUAAACUUCCAGUCUUUUUCCACAAGUGA